UGUGAAGUUUUUUCUGCAACUUUUGUUAACACUUUAUAUGCAAGGUUUUCACAAUCAUGGUGCUAUGUCCAGGAUAUCAAAAGAAUGGUCGUCCUUGUACAAAUAUUUUAGAACAGAAAAGUAAAUUCUGUAAGCUUUGUGGAUGGAAGAUCGACCCUGAUAUAUUUUUGAAGGAGGCUAUUUCUUGUCCUAAUGUCCCACUGAACAGUGAGGAGAAGUGUGGAACUUGGAUAGAGAGAGACCAAAUGUUCUGUGACCAAUGUGGAUGGGAAGUUAAUCAUGAUUUCUUCCCCAGAAAACAUAGUAAAGAUGAUAAAGAUAUGCCUGGUGAUAGUUAUAGCAAUCUAAAGACUCAGAUGAAAAAUCUUACACUCAAACAAGAACAGCCAGAAGCAUGUGGUACUCAGCGGAGGUACUCCCCUGAUUAUCAGACUGAUAGGUAUGUGAACCACAAGGAAGACCCUCACUCUCCUAGUUCAUCCUCCCAAAAUGGGACCUCAUCUUCCGUCUCCCCAAGGGAAACCAGGGAGACAAAGAUUGGGAAGGUUCUGUUUGUCCACAAUUUAAAUGAAGAGAAAGUGACUACAGAGGGUCUGUUUAAUCUGUUUAGUAUUUAUGGCAGAGUAGAAAUUGUGAAAUUGUUCUUCAAAAAGAAGAGUUCAGGAUUAAUACAAAUGGAUAGCCCAGAACAUGCACUGUUAGCCAUUGAAAAUUUGGACAGAGUGACUGUUUGGGAUUGCACUAUGCAUGUUCAGUUUUCCAAGGCAGGGACAAUUUAUUUGGAAGAUCAUUCACAGUUCACAAAAGAUUUCAGAAACACAAAGCUCUUCAGGGGAGGACCAGCAUUUGACUAUUUGAAGACAGCUUGUGCUCCAUCUCCCAUAAUUCAUCUGUCCAAUUUUGUGAGCACCAUUACAAAAGCAGACAUCAAUGAUGUAUUUUCAGAAUAUGGAAACGUGUUGGACAUUGUCAUGUUUGAAUCAAAAGGGAAGAGAGGGGCUUUGGUCGAGUAUGCUUCAAUAGCACAGUCCAUCUUGGCUGUUAUGGCCAUGCACAACUUCCUGUUGCCAGAUAACUCCAGACUGAAUGUUACAUUUUCCCAUUUCAAAUCCUUGAACAAAAAGUAGUUUGAAAGAAGAAAGCUUUGAACAGUUCCCACUGGCUGAGUCUGCUGUUAUUUAGAAGAAAUAAAAAAAAAAAAAGAACAGGAAGCAUACUCAGUGUGGACCUGUAGAUAUUGAUGUGGAUUUUUUAUUUUUAGUGAGUGUGUCAUGAUAAAUGUAUUUGUUUACAAGGUAUGUAAUUUUUUGUACUUUUUUUCUUAUAUAUGUUACAUAUAUUUUGUUUUAUUAUACCUGAUAUAGACAAUAUAUUGCAGUACAUAUGUAGUCAUAGUUUUGUUAAGUUGUAAAAUUAGUAAGUGAUUUGACAUGCAAUAUUGUAUACAAGUGAUCACAUCAGGAUCAAAUCUACAUUUAAUACUCUUAUAGCAAGAAAUCAAAACAUACAGCCAAAUAUUUUAAAAUCUUGAAAGAAAAGGAAUGAAAAUUUGAUUGCGUGAAUGUUUUGAUUCAUAUGGUACCUAGCCAGACUUGCCUUUUUAUUCAGUAAGUAUAGAUUUUUGAACUGAACACCCCUCUGUGUUCACAUUGAUUUUGUAGGAAAUUACCCCUCUGUGUUCACAUUUAUUUUGUAGAAGAAUUACUAUGUUUAUUCAUUUUAUUUUACCAUAUUAUCACAUUUAUAUUCACAAGUGUAUGUGUAGUCUUUCAAAUGGCCAUAAAAGUGACAGUGAAGGUUAAUAGCUCAGCUAUUAUUUUUAUGUAACUCAGUUCUCUCUGCCUAGAAAAAAAAGUGCAGCCAAAAUUAUAAUGAACUGUUUUUAUGGACUUUGUGUAAAGUACACAGAUCAUAAUUUUCAUGUAUUUUCUUCUAAGACUUCUUGUUUAUAAUGUGUUGUGUUCUCAUGUAAAAGACUGCUUUCUAAAAGUAUAACCUAUUAUGUGGAAAUACAAUCUCUUCUUCUGUACAACUAUGCCCCCCUUUUUAUGCCCCAAGAUCGAAAGCUUUAACCUUGGCCAUAACUUUUGAAUGAUUGGUGCUUCGUCUUUCUUAUAUGACCUGUGUAUUUCUUGGGAGAAGGCCUUUCCUUUGGCACCAUUAAUUUUGACCAUUUGACCUUGACCUUGAUGUUUGACAUACUUUUGAAAAAAACUUUAACCUUUUCCAUAUUUAUUCAAUGGUUGCUGCUAGGCCUUUCAUAUUUCACAGGUUUAUUCCUCAAGACAAGACCUUACUUUGGAUAUCAACAUAUUUGAUUUGCAUUUGAGAAAGUUUAACCUUUGCUAUAAGUUGCCAUAUGGGGGCAUCACUGUUUCACAAACAUAUCUUGUUUUUUAUUUAAUUCUGAUGAUAUCUGGAGACUAGCAGUAGUAUGUUUCUUCAUUUUAAAAAAAAAAAAAUAGCAUACCUCAUUUUGUGCCUGUUAUUUCUUUGCUUCCUCACUAAUCCAUCUUUGUCAAAUUUAUUCAUGUUCAUACAAGAAGCAUCACCCCUAAGUCUUACAAAUCUGCCCACUUGUUAUCCAAUGUUCCUCUUCAUUUUUCUGGAGACAAUUCACUCUGGAAGCAAGUUUGUGUGUAUCUCAGUAUCAUGCAGACAUUUUCUUCUUCUCUUAAAUCUUCUGAAAAUUGUUGAUAGUUUACUUAAUUGUUCUGGUUGUGAUCUGAAUUUUGUGUCUUUUUCUCUUUGAUGCUUGAGACUGGUUGAGACCUUUUGCCGUUUGAGAUGUACUAUUUGAAAAUCUUCUUAAUUGACUUGUAUUCAUGAAGUCGUCUGUGUAUUAUUUUUUAUUUUGUGCAGUCAUCAUUGCUCUCAAAAUCAAGCACCUGUUUUGUUCAUCAUUCAUUUUUUUUUUCGUGUUCCAAGAAGACAGUAUUCAUUUCUUGAAACUGAGUUUCCUGCACUUUAUUUCUUAAGAGUCUUUUUUUCUGCUAUAUCUGUUUAUUCCAUAGCUCAUGUUGAUGUAACAUUAAUAUAUAGUGUUCUACAUUGUUCUCUAGAUACUUGUUCAAAGAUGAGCUAUUUUCUGAUGACAACUUCAACAAAAUCAUAUCACCUUGUAACAGUGCAUUGAUAUCAGUAUUUAUGUAUUGAGUUUGCAAACUUAUCUGGUGCUUUUAUAAUUCAGGACCUUUGAUCAGGGACCUAUAUACUAAGUAUAUAGGUCCCUGCUUUAAUAUAAGGUACUCAUCUGUUUUAUAAAUUUUGCAGUUUGUUUUAAGCUUUCACAUGUAACUCUUUUUAGAAUGUCAAUAAAAAAAAAUCACUGAACAGUUUUGUUAGAGGUUGUUUGAGAUGUUUUUGGUGAGGAUAAAAACUCACUAUAGGUGCUGCAUUAUUUGUGUUCUAAAAUUUCAGUUCUUUUUUUCACAUGUAGUUAACAUGGUAUUCAGAAAUAAAAUUCUGUUCAAAUUUUA